UCCAUUGCCUUCAUAGAUUCAACUUCUGGUUUUGUUUGGUUGGGUUGGGUUCGGAGGAAUGAAAAAGAAAAUGAAAACGAAAGUGGCAUGUUGUUCCGUGUGCCAAACGCGCUACGACGAGGAGGAGCGGGUCCCACUGCUUCUCCAAUGCGGCCAUGGCUUCUGCCGAGACUGCCUUUCUAGAAUGUUCUCCGCUUCAACGGACACCACGCUCACGUGUCCUCCAUGCCGCCACGUGUCCCUCGUCGGAAACUCCGUUUACGCGCUUCCCAAAAACUACCCUGUCCUCGCGCUCCUCCGUUCGCCGUCUUCUAACGCCGUGAGGUCCGUUCUUGACUUCGAUUUCGAUUACACGGACGAAGAAGACGAAGAAGAAGAGGAAGACGGCGGCGUUUUGCGGCGGAGCAGUGCGGCGGCGGUGGUGGCGGCGCACGGGGAAGUGAGGCUGGUGAGGCGGAUUGGGGAGGGGAGGAGGGAGGGCGUGGAGACGUGGACGGCGGUGAUCGGCGGCGGAGGGCGGCAGAGCGGGCGUAAGGUGGCGGUGAAGAAGGUGGACGCGGUGGAGGAGGUGGAGUGGGUGAUGGAGAAGCUUGAGGUUUUGCGAAGGGGCUCAAUGUGGUGUAGGAAUGUGUGCACGUUUCAUGGGGCAAUGAGAGUUGGUGAUAGUUUGUGUAUUGUGAUGGACCGGUGUUAUGGAUCGGUUCAGUCUGAGAUGCAACGCAACGAGGGAAGACUCACUCUGGAGCAAGUAUUAAGAUAUGGAGCUGACAUUACGCGAGGGAUUGCUGAGCUUCAUGCUGCAGGCGUUGUUUGCAUGAAUAUAAAACCAUCCAAUCUUCUUCUCGAUUCAAAUGGCCAUGCAGUGGUUUCUGAUUAUGGACUUGCUGCAAUUCUGAAGAAGCAUUCCUGCUGGAAGGCGCAACCUGAGUGUUAUGCCUCAAAGACCCACUCCUGUAUGGAAUGUACAAUGCUUAGCCCACAUUAUACAGCUCCAGAGGCUUGGGGGGAACCUGUGAAGAAGUCAUUAAAUUUGUUCUGGGAUGAUGCAAUAGGUAUAUCAACAGAGUCUGAUUCAUGGAGUUUUGGCUGUACGCUGGUGGAGAUGUGCACAGGUUUUGUUCCUUGGGCUGGUUUAAGUACAGAGGAAAUUUAUCAAGCAGUUGUCAAGGCGAAGAAACUGCCUCCACAAUAUGCUAGUGUGGUUGGUGGUGGAAUACCUAGUGAUUUGUGGAGGAUGAUUGGAGAGUGCUUGCAGUUUAAACCAUCUAAAAGGCCUAGUUUUAAUGCAAUGUUAACAAUAUUUCUUCGUCAUUUACAGGGAAUACCCCGCAGCCCUCCUGCAAGCCCUGACAAUGACUUCGUUAAAAGCUUUUCAUCAAAUGGGAUGGAGUUGUCCCCUUUGCCUGAAUUAGAAGUUUCUCAGCAAAACCCAUUCCAUCUUCACCAACUUGUUUCUGCGGGGGAUGUCAGAAGUGUUAGGGAUCUUCUUGUCAAGGCUGCAUCAGAUUAUGGCAGCAACUACCUAUCUUCUCUAUUGGAAACUCAAAAUGCUGAAGGACAAACCGCUCUCCACUUGGCUUGUAGACGUGGCAGUACAGAACUUGUUGAGGCUAUUUUGGAGUAUGAAGAGGCAAAUGUUGACGUCUUGGACAAAGAUGGAGAUCCACCUCUUGUUUAUGCAUUAGCUGCAGGAUCCCCGGAAUGUGUUCAUGGUCUUAUUAAAAGAAGUGCUAAUGUGAGGUCACGGUUGAAAGAUGGCUUUGGCCCUUCUGUUGCUCAUGUUUGUGCUUAUCAUGGCCAACCAGAUUGCAUGCAAGAAUUACUAUUAGCUGGAGCUGAUCCUAAUGCAGUGGAUGAUGAAGGUGAAUCUGUACUGCAUAUAGCAGUUGCCAAGAAGUACACUGAGUGCGCUCUUGUGAUACUGGAAAGUGGAGGCAGUAGAUCAAUGGCCAUCUUGAAUUCAAAAAAUAUGACACCGCUACACUUGUGUGUGGCAACAUGGAAUGUUGCCGUUGUAAAAAGAUGGGUGGGAGUUGCAACAUCUGAUGAGCUUGCUGAAUCAAUUGACAUACCGAGCUCUGUGGGCACUGCUUUGUGCAUGGCUGCUGCCUCUAAGAAAGAUCAUGAAAGUGAGGGGAGAGAAUUGGUGCAAAUAUUACUUGCUGCAGGAGCAGAUCCAUAUGCUCAAGAUUCACAGCGCGGGUGGACAGCUUUGCAUAUAGCUGUUAUGACUGAUGAUGUUGAAUUGGUUAAGGUUAUUCUUGCUGCUGGUGUUGAUGUGAACAUUCGCAAUGCGCACAACAGCAUACCACUACACAUAGCCUUAGCUAGGGGAGCUAAGUCAUGUGUUCAACUACUUCUAUCUGUUGGGGCAAAUUGUAGUUUGCAGGAUGAUGAUGGUAACACUUCUUUCCAUAUAGCAGCAGAUACAGCAAAAAGGAUACGUGAAAAUCUUGACUGGCUCAUUGUUAUGCUACGGAAUCCUAAUGCUGAUGUUGUAGUCAGAAACCACAGUGGCAAGACUCUACGUGACAUCUUGGAGGUUCUUCCCCGAGAAUGGAUAUCUGAAGAUCUGUUAGAUGCACUCAUGAACAAAGGAGUUUGUCUCUCUCCUACAAUAUUUGACGUGGGAGACUGGGUGAAGUUUAGAAAAACUUUCAUAGCUCCAACAAAUGGGUGGGCAGGUGAUCGGCAGAAGCUUGUGGGCUUUGUGCAAAAAGUUUCAGACAAGGAUAAUCUCAUUGUUUCAUUUUGUUCUGGAGAGUAUUGUGUUUUGGCAAAUGAAGUUGUAAAAGUCAUUCCAUUAGACAGGGGACAACAUGUUCAGCUUAAAGAGGAUGUGAAAGAGCCCAGGUUUGGUUGGCCGGGGCAGUCGCGUGACAGCAUUGGGACAGUAUUAUGUGUUGAUGAUGAUGGGAUCAUCCGUGUUGGGUUUCCUGGACAAUCCAGAGGAUGGAAAGCGGACCCAGGAGAGUUGGAACGGGUUGAGGAGUUCAAGGUUGGAGACUGGGUUCGUAUUCGCCCUUCUCUUACAUCUACAAAGUAUGGGUUAGGAUCUGUGACACCAGGAAGCACUGGCAUUGUAUAUUGUAUCAGACCAGACAGUAGUUUGUUGAUAGAACUGAGUUAUCUUUCAACUCCAUGGCAUUGUGAACCAGAGGAGGUUGAACAUGUUGUCCCUUUUAGGAUCGAUGAUCAGGUAUGUGUGAAGCGAUCUGUUGCAGAACCUAGAUAUGCUUGGGGGGGUGAGACACAUCAUAGUGUUGGAAAAAUAAGAGAGAUUGAAAGUGAUGGCCUCUUAAUAAUAGAUAUACCAAACCGACCUGUUCCAUGGCAAGCAGAUCCAUCAGAUAUGGAGAAGUUAGAAGAUUUUAAGGUUGGAGAUUGGGUCAGAGUUAAGGCUUCAGUGUCUGCUCCAAGAUAUGGAUGGGAGGAUAUUACAAGAAACAGUAUUGGAGUAAUUCAUAGCUUGGAGGACGAUGGUGAUAUGGGUAUUGCCUUUUGCUUCAGGAAUAAGCUUUUUCCUUGCUCGGUCACUGAUGUGGAGAAAGUUCCCCAUUUUGAGGUGGGGCAAGAAAUUCGUAUGAUUCCAUCUUUGAACCAGCCAAGACUUGGACGGUCAAACGAAUCUCCAGCUACUGUUGGAAAAAUAGUGAGAAUUGAUCUGGAUGGUGCUCUCAAUGUGAGGGUUCCUGGUAGGCGGAGCUUGUGGAAAGUUUCUCCUGGUGAUGUGGAACAACUUCCUGGAUUUGAAGUUGGUGACUGGGUACGCUCAAAACCAAGCCUGGGAAGCAGAUCAAGCUAUGACUUGAGUAGUUUUGGAAGAGAAAGUAUAGCUGUUGUACAUAGUGUACAGGAUUCUGGGUACUUGGAGUUGGCUUGCUGUUUCCGUAAGUUGAAGUCAUGGACUCAUUAUACAGAAGUUGAAAAGGUUCCUGGCUUUAAAGUUGGACAAUAUGUUAGGUUUAGAACUGGUUUGGUGGAACCGAGGUGGGGUUGGAGAGGAGCUCAGCCUGAAUCACGAGGUGUUUUAAUCAGCAUUCAUGCUGAUGGAGAAGUGAAGGUAGCAUUCUUUGGUUUGCCUGAAUUGUGGAGAGGAGAUCCUGCAGACCUGGAAAUUGAGCAGACGUUUGAAGUGGGAGAGUGGGUGAGGUUGAAAGAUAAUGCCAAUGAUUGGAAAUCAAUUGGACCAGGUAGUGUUGGUGUUGUACAAGGCAUAGGACAUGAAGGAGAUGAAGGUAACAGAAGUGCUUAUGUUGCCUUCUGUGGAGAGCAAGAAAGGUGGGUAGGACCAAGUUCCCAUCUUGAAAGAGUUCACAAACUCUUUGUUGGACAGAAGGUUAGAGUUAAACUUAACGUAAAGCAACCAAGAUUUGGUUGGUCAGGGCACACUCAUGAAAGCAUUGGAAUGAUUCAAACCAUCGAUGCUGAUGGAAAGCUUCGAAUAUACACACCAGUGGGAUCAAAAGCAUGGAUGUUGGACCCAUCAGAAGUGGAGGCGGUUGAACAGAAGGAACUCUGUAUUGGAGACUGGGUCAAGGUUAAAGCAUCAGUUUCAACCCCAACUCACCAGUGGGGAGAAGUGACUCAUUCAAGCAUAGGAGUGGUGCAUCGGAUGGAAAAUGAGGAUCUGUGGGUGACUUUCUGUUUUAUGGAGAGGUUAUGGCUUUGUAAGGCAGGGGAAAUGGAACAGGUUAGGCCAUUUAAAGUGGGAGACAAUGUUAGGAUCAAAGAUGGAUUGGUGACCCCACGUUGGGGAUGGGGAAUGGAGACACAUGCCAGUAAGGGACGGGUGGUAGGAGUAGAUGCAAAUGGCAAGCUAAGAAUAAAGUUUCAGUGGAGGGAAGGGAGACCCUGGGUAGGAGACCCUUCUGAUAUUGUCCUUGAUCAGGAUUGAUAUGGUGCACGUGCAUAGGAAGAUCAUUAGAAUUUGUUUCAUAAUUUGAUUCUCACUGAGCCCAGAAAUGGUUCCUUGGAACUAUAUGUGCUGUGUUAUGAGGAUGGAAUACGGAUCAACCAUAUUUAUUCAUGUUAAUAAACAGACUGAAAGGAUUGAAGUGGUUUGCUUAGUUCAUAACUUAUGUAAAUUAUAGUUCUAGAUUGAGGUAUAUAGACAUUUUGCUUAUAUUGUAAAAAUUACACUCCACAGUCAAUUCUUCUUUUCUAACUCAACUUUAUUGUAAAGUUGGAUAAUUCUUGAAUGGAAUUUGUUC